AUGGAUGUACAGAAACGGGGUGCUGGGUUCGAUUGGGCAGGAGUAGUGCCGGAUGCCAACGCACUGUGGCCAGCUGUAGAGCCAGGCGGCGAGCUACGGAUGUUACGAACAGUCCUAGAAACGCAAUUACCCCCGUUUGCGCUUGCCGUGAGAACGGCAAUCCAAUCAAUAAUAGACUUGAGGCAGCAGAUCAUGAGCGUGGCACUGGAUAGUGCAGGGAUUGGUGCAGUGGCAGCGAUACUAUUCUUCAUUGCCUUCAACUAUCGCUUUUGCAUGAACGCGGCCGCCAACAUAUUCAUUAUGCCUCUCGAAGCUCUGGUAGGUCCGGGUACGACGCCGGAACAAGCAUCUCAGACAAGCGAUAGCUGUCCAGAUGAGACAGCGCAGCCAGCCCUUGCUUACUUCAAGACAGCUGUGGUGGUAAUGCUGGUUCCUCUCUAUGCUCCGGAGAUCCGAGCAAUGGUUGGCAAUGGAAGGGUUGUCCUUGCGAUAACCCACCGCAAUUCCCCUAUGACCUAG